AAAUGUCUUGGUACACUGAAGCAUUAAGAUUUCCCUUUGCUCGACGUCAAGGGCACAGCCCAACCACUGAACAACAGUUAUACCACACCUGAAUUCAAUAAUAAAGAGGCAUCUCCCAAUACUUUUGUCUAUAUACUGUAGCUGGCGCUCUGUAUCUCUGUGUCUUUUCGUCCCUGCCUCCCAGACAACCUGAGACCUUCACCGUAGACUCAGCGGCUCCUCCCAGAUGUCUCACACUUCUCAUUGGCUUUUAACUUUUAUUUUGAAGGUGGCAUCAGAACGCAUGCGUGAUCUUUCUGCUGUCUUGCGAGCUGUCAGCUCAUGAUAAAGCAGAGUGUCGCGGUGAAGCAUCUCGACGCUCGUCCUUCAGGCGGUCCGCGGCUCUUUGUGAAAUAAGACGUUAGGUUGGUAAUUUUAGGGAGAGACAAGACAGAAGCAAAACAACGGACACUGUACUUUGGGAGACUUUUUUUUUUUUCAUUUCACGUUUUAAUUUUCGUUUUUCAUGUUUCAUGUGUGAUGGCUAAUGUGUCAUCGGCUGAUGUGGGAGUUCUGCUUCUGAUCGUGGUGACAGCAUCUUUGGCAAACGGUUCCUCUUCCAGCAAAGAUGUGAACCAGCGGAGGGAGUUGGAUGCGGACAUGCUGAGCAGCAUUCUGCCCGGCAGCGCUGACAAACUCGCCGGUGUUGUUUCUCAAGGUGAGGCAAAGUCUUGCGCUGCCUGUGAGCUGCCAGGGGCCAGGAAGCGGCCAAAGAGAUGCACGUGUUACACGUACAAAGACAAGGAGUGUGUGUAUUACUGCCAUCUGGACAUCAUCUGGAUCAACACACCAGAGCACACUGUACCAUACGGUAUGUCCAGUUACCGGGGUUCCCUGCGUAAGAGGCGCUCUGCUGGGACCUCCCGACGCUGUGCAUGCACACAACAGCACGACCCCGACUGCAGAAGCUUCUGCAUGGACAGCAGACAGAGGAGGCCACCUCAAGCAGCACCUGAAAUACACAAGAGGACGACGACUCUGCGUGGUGGGCAUGCUAUGAAAUGAACAUAUAAGGGACAUGCUCACAAUCUGAAAGGAUAUGUAUGCACAUGUAGUGCGCUUAGUAGUGUCCUGUCAUCAGACUGAUGGAUGAAUAACCUCAACGAUGCUUGCACAACAACCGAAAACAGGGGGUACUUGCAGGGAUGCUGAAGGAGUGGGUGCCCCCCAGCACUCUGCCCGUGUCUGUUAGGCAUAUGUGAACAAUGUUUUUCAUUUCCCUGUCAAAGCAAAAAAUGGUUUACAUGACCUGUUUGUGUCAUGAAAGACUUUGGUGAAGCAUGCUGCUCACACAUGUCCGUGCCAUAUGAUGUGGAGGCCAUCCAUCUGCACCACCUCGACCAACAUUGGAAACAUUAGCACAGGAAACAUAUCGCAUAACUGUGUUUUCUCCACAGAGAUACCAUGCAUUCUGGCUGUCGACGUCAGCAGUCGCUCACACCCAGUAACUAAGCAUUAUUGUAAAAAAACUGACAGUCACAGUCACUGAAGCACUGAAACAUUCAAUAUGUUAUUUUGGUUGUCACCUUAUGGAGUAAGUUGGGCAUUGCUGUCUUUUGAACAUUUCCCCACAAAAUCGCAGCACAUAAAUCAGUUUCAAUCAGACAAAAAGCAAGACAUGGCUUCCUUGUUUUACGUUUGAAAUGAUCUAAGACACAUUUUUAUUUGAACUUUUUCUGAAAUUGUCAUCCUCCUUUUAAUGUGACUGGAAGAAUAAUACUUUUUAAUACCUUGCCUGUCUUUUUCUCUUUUUCUAUCUGAGGGCCUUAGGUAGCAGUUAUUUUACAGUUUAACAAUCUAUACAUCUGAAACAAUUCAUUCAUUCAUUUAAUCAAUUAGUAAUUGGUAUUGACUGUUAUGGUAUGGUAAUUGCUAUGAAAAAUUG